UUUUUUUAAGAAUGCAAUUUCAGGUAGGUACCCAACUAAUUUUAUUCGUUUUCCAUCUUUCGUAUCUAGUAUUGAUGAUAUUCUAUUAUUUGACAAUUGAAAUGGACCAAUCAUGUUUCUCACUUUCCUUUUGUAGUGUACCUGUCGAGGCUUUAUAUCAUUUUUUUUAGAUUUGGAUCCUGUGCCUGUGUGCGUGUGCUAGACAUGUAUAAUCUGUGCCUUUUAUAAUGGAAUGGAAAUAAAGAUGGAAAAGUAAACAACAUGGCGUCAGUGCUGUCAGAAGAUUUAGUUGAUAAUUUUUCUGAUGAUUCCCAAUUUUCAAUAGCAUGGGAUGAUUGCUUUAGUGAAAAAAGGGAUAGUACCCUUACCCCUCCAAUUAAACAGGAGAAAACCAGGAAUUUAGUUAACAGUGUAAUUAAUAGACAGUUAUAUGGUCGGUUUGCCAAUAAUCCCAAAGCUAAGACUGAAAGGGUGUUGAAUGAUAUUCAUCCCAAAUGUAGAUUUGCACUAAGCGCAUUAUUAAAUGAUCCAGAAUAUUUUAACCACAUAUAUAUGGGAUUCACGAUGUGUGGACAGUAUUUUAUAAGUUACACUGAAAAGAUGUGUGAGGACUUGGGCCCUCUUAGUUUUAAUACGAGUUAUGAAUAUGAUUUAUAUAUAUGGAGAUUUGUUCCUGGUCAGAAGCUUCACUUUGUAUCAAAGCAUAAAAUUUUUAAGCACCUUAAAGGCUCGUCUGACGUACACGUACUAGAUAAAGUAAUGUUUAUGCAAUUCCCAAAAGAUUUGUAUAAACUGGUGUGUUAUGGACUAACAGCUACAAAUCCAGAUCUAGUUCAUAUAUCAAUACUAACCUUGCCAGCUCCAAAAAAUUGUAGACAUUGUUCCAAGAACUUCUCACAGACAGAUGAAUCGAUCAAUCAAGGUUGGUGCAUCAAACACGGAUUCAUAGUACAUUACAUGUUUUCCAUGUCCCAGCCAACGCCCAUAUUCGAUCCCUGCAUUUCCUUAGCUUAUCCUAAUCACCUGGUUAUCAAUACUGGCCACCACAUACAUAUACUAAACGUUUCAACAUCAGAACCCCCUCAGCUAACCGUUUCAUUACUUAAUUUAGCAAAAGACGACGACAAACUCCUAACAAAUACUCCUACUCAUACAUUUAACGACACCUUAAGCGAGGUAUCAGAAACCCCUAGCGAACAUUUCGGUACAAGUAGUGUAGUAGAUGCCAUACUAGAAGACUUUAGUGAGUACGACUUGGAAUCCAACGAAUGCAACAAGCCUUUCCACGAACUCAACAUAAGUUGUGAACCUCUGAAUGUUACCGGUAAAAGCUAUCAUAAUACUUUAGUUCAAAAUAUCGUAGAUCCUAGAGUGAAGAGGUUGCAAACUAAUAGUAAAGAGUACUUAUUCUCAGUACCUCAAAGUUCGACUACUCAGAAGUCGUUAGAAAAAUCAAAAAUAGAUAAGAAAAUCGCUGAAAAGGCGUAUGAGUUUAUUGAAGAGAAUGAGAAAUAUGAAAAAAUUAGUUCGUUUAGGAAAAAGCGAUUGGCUGAAAAGAAAUAUGAGUUCUCGGAAGACAAUAGUGAAAAUAUUGUACCAUUUAACUCAUUACGUCGAGAACGUAGAUAUCUCUACAGAUCGCAAAAUCGUUGUAUAAAAUCACCAGACUUCAAUUCCAUUUUCCUGAGUCCCAGAUCAAGUGGCCUAAGAUCUCCCAUGCAAUCACCCAAGUCUAAGAACGGCCAGUUCUCCCCCAGUGGUGCUCGAAACCUAUACUGUCCUUCCUUGCGCAAUUCCCCUCACCAUUCCAAGUCUCCCAUAAGUCCUAAAGAAUCUGCUAGGAAGUUUUACGUGUAUUCUCCUAGUUUGGACAGUGACUGCUCGGAUUCUGAUUCAAGGCUGAUUAUGAGAACGUCCAGUAAUUUGUCUACCUCAGGUGAUAAUAGGUUUAGUAAUUCGGGACUGCUAAUAGUAGAUCCGAAGUCUGAGACGCCCAAAUGGAUCAAGAAAGUUGUUCGAAGAUAUUCGAAUGGUGAUUAUGAAAAUGGAUCUCUGGUGUCAGGACAGAGUAGAGAUGACUACAAUAUCCCUAUAGAAAUACCUCUGUUGGCGCAAAAUCUCACCGAUCAACAUUUAGAUAUGGUACCGGACUUCAAAGUAGAUCAGGUAAACGAAAUACAACUGAUUGUGACGCAGAGAUCUUUUGACUGUGAGCAAUUCGUUCAGCGGAGGGCUCAGAAACUUUGUUCCGAAGCACAGUUGGAAUUUAUGCACUGUGAAGACUACGAUAUUAAAAUUAUACAUAUUUGUCCAAUUAACGGCCAUAUAAUUUGCCGUGCCAUUAUUAAAAUAGGUGCUUUAAAAAAUCCUUAUCCCACUGUCGAGCAUUUUUCGGCCCACUUUCUGUUCACGUGGAGUAUUGAGAACGAUGCCUUCGACGUGAUAGAGAACAAAGAACAGACCAGGCUGGUACCUGCUCACGAGAAGGUUGAUAUUCCAGAAUAUGAUAUUCCUAGGUGUAAAGAAGUUCUUGUUAUGGAUUACUGUUACACUACAUCGAAGACAAAUCUCAGGGACUUUGACAAUUAUUACGAAAUCUGUUUGGGUCCGGCUAAUAUUUCGAUUUUCGUAAUACAAGAAUACUCAAGCUCUAGUGAUAGUGAUUAAAUAAGUCUAUACUUAAAAGCCACAGGUUAGAAUGCAGUGCAGGUAGCAUAGAGCAAUGUAUUUCUUACGGGAGAACGGCUGACCACGUUGCCGGUUUACCCCGAGCGGCGCAUCAGGGCCGGUGAUUUCUCAGUCUAUCGCCAAACUACCACGCACACGCACCUACCACUGUGCCGACAUGAGCGGCAUCGCUGCGCGUCGUAAGACCAACACUGCAUUCUAACUGUGGCUUCUACUUUAGGUAAAAACAUUGAAUUACUAGAUAUGCCAACAUACACAGUACUUUUUAGAUAAAUAUAAAGCCUUCGAGAAAAUCUAAUUAGAGUAGUCUGUGUGACAAAAAUGACGAGGUUUGGGAUUUUACCUACUUCCAUAGAAUAAUAAAUACAUAAUCUAACUCGUUUACAAUUUUGUUUUCAACCGUAGACAUAAUAAUCAGCCCUAUUCUCUAACUUUUAGCAAAUCGAAUAGAAAUGACCAAGUCGAAUCGUAAUUACCCGAAAUCGGAAUGUUUAAUAUCUAUCGCGUGUUUGGAUUGGCGAUAUUUUCGUGUUUGAAUUGGCAUUCUGUAACUCACAUCGUAAGCAGGUUAAAUCGAAAUCGGCAAUUUCUAUUUCACGUGGUCAAGAGGGGGUGGCAACCCUGCAUUGUCAAGCGAAAUUAGUGUUCUGUGACCUGUUUGUUGCUGGUUCUAAAUUUGAAAUACGACACCGUUACCAUAUCUUCAAUUUUUCAUACUAUCACAUUACAUACAGUUACAUUUUUAAAAAUAGUUUUGAAAUAACAAAUAAGAAACGUUUUGAAAAGUAAACAAUAAAAUAUUAGUGUAAAUAUUGGACACAAAAACCUCAAAAGAUCAUAAAUGGUUUUAAAUCAAAGUUAAUUAAAAUUGUUAUAGAAAAUAAAAUAAUCUGAUAAAUAAAAAAGAUAAAUGAGGAUAAGAUGUAUGAUGUAAGAUAUUACUAAUAAUUAUAUAUAAUCUUAAGGUUUGAUUCCAGCUAAAAUAACUUAUAAACAACUUUUCCCAAAAACAGCGUCUUUUCUAUAAUUAUUUUCUUUUCUAUAAGCGUUGAUUGAUACAAAUACAAGUAAACUGGUAUAAUAUAUUUAUCAAUCAACGCUAUAAGUCUCUCUUUAUAUUUUAAACGUUCUUGUACAUUAUGCCAUUGAUUGAAAUUGUACAAGAAAUAACCAAAGAAAGUUUGGCAACACUGUGACUGGCAAACAUUCAGGCUUGCCAUGUCUAGGGAUUUUCCCUGAAUCUAGGGAUUUUUGAGCUUUGGAGGGAUUUAUUUUUGAAAUCUAGGGAUUUAUUAAACUGUGCUAGCUCCACUUUUCUGUUGUUAUUAAAGAUUUGUCAUUAUUUAUUGUUCCCUGAUAUAAACUAAGUAAACAUUAAAACAUUAAUCAAUGAUUAAAAUGGAUUAAACAUAGUGGUUAUAAAUUAAAUUGACAGCUGUCAUCUGUCAAUUUCUUCUUUUUUAGGCCAAAUUAAUACGAUUUAGGGAUUUCUAGGGGAAAUUGAAGAUCCCGUCUAGGGAGAUUUUGAAAUUUCAUCUGGCAACCCUAUUCAGAAUCUGAAUUUCGGAUGUCAAAUCAAUUUUAAGGUUACGUUUGAUGCAUACUCUUACAUAUCUAAAUUAAAUAUACAAUUCCCUAAGUAAAUACCACCACAGACUAAAAAUUAAGCAGAUACAAGAGGUAAAAAUACUAUAAAUAAUGAUAAAUAAGUAGUAAUAAAUUAUUUUUAGUAGAUAUAAAAUAUAAACGUCAAAACAAAAUACAAUGCGCUUGCGUCAAGCACAAUUCCGAUAUCGAAAUCUAAUUUCGACAGGGUAAAUGUUGUCGAAGUCAUUUCUAUUCACUAUUCCGAUUGUAGAGAUUCCGAGGAGUUAUGGAAUAUCGAUUUUGACUAUUUCUAUUCGACUUGGCCACUUCUAUUUGAUUUUCCUGACUUCUAUCAUCGAAAUGAGUUACAGAAUAGGCAUGAUUACCUGAACUGCUCGCUCCAAUCUAAAAUUGUUUCCUCAGUGCGAGAGAGAAAAGUGUUUGUAUACAGGGUAUCCAUCUCUUUCUAAUCAGGGGUUUUAUCGACCACAUGACUUUCCCACUACGGCCGAUUUGAUAAAGUCCGCCGAUUAGAAAGAGAUGAAUACCCUGCUUACAAACACUUUUCUCUGUUGCACUGGGAGAACAGUUUUAGAUUGCAGCACGCAGCCCAUGUCUAUGUUUUCAACAAUAUGUGUCUACAAAUAACCUUUAUAUUGACGAUGAUAAUGACAAAAAGUCUGGUACUGACAUUUAUGGUUUGUGAAGUAGUUGAAUUGCCAACCAAAAUUAGUCCAUGCAAAUUUCAUAACCUACUCUAAUUAGGAUUUUCCUCGAUGACUCGAUAUAUAAGAAUAUGUAGAUCGUCUUGUUAAUAUAUUUUUAAGAAUUAGUAAUGAAUAGGUCGAAAAAAGGAAAAAAUUAGUUGCAAUUUGGUAAUGGUAUAUCGGUUCGAGAUAUACGUGAGAUAUACUGGCAGCUAAAACACCCAGUCGAACACAUAUAGCAAAGGAUAAAACAGAUCUGAUAUCGGAUGAGAGUAAUCUUUUUCUAAAGAUUCCUAGCUUCUUGUGAUAUUGGUGUCCACAUUGAUCCAUCUUCUAUUAACAGCAGCUCGAAAUAGAUCAGUUGACAUUAGACGAGUCCAUUUCCUAAGAUUGGUCAGCCAAGAUAUACGCCUGCGUCCAGGGCCUCUCUUGCCUUCAAUUGGUAUUUUUUAUUACACAUAAUGUGACCGAAGUAAGCCAAUUGUCUGUUCCUUACGGUGUUAAUAAUUUCUUUCUCUUUUCUUAGCAUCUGGAGAAUAAUUAUGUCACUUGUGUGGUGUAUGUAUGAGACCCUUAACAUAAUAUGUCGAUAGCAUCACAUUCCAAAUACCUGUAACUGUUUUAUGGCAUCUUCUGUGAGGCUCCAGUUUUCUACUCCGUAGUGGAGGGCACUGUAGACGUAAUUUCUAAGAAUUCUUAUGCGUAUAUUGAUACUUAAAGAUAAGUUGCAGAUAAUCAUUUUAAGACCGUUAAAAGAGGUUCUGGCUUUGUUAAUAGGAGUUUUAUUUGGUAGUUGUGAUCCCAGAUAUCUUUAAUAUUGUAGUUAAGGUAGCAUAUUUGCUCCACUCUUUCUAACGGUGUAUCGUUUAUUGUAAUUUCGGCGUUUAUGUUGGCGUCCUUACUAAUAAUCAUUAUUUUUGUCUUCUUACAAUUUAGUUUUAGGCCGUAUUUGUGCCAUGUUUCUACAACAUGUUGAUAAUCUCGAGUAACAAAUUCAGUCGAAGACAAAAUUCGUUUUUAUGAGAUAUAUUAGGCCCCGGACUAUAAAUGGGCAGACUGGGCAUUUGCCCAGGGCGCCAAAUUUUUGGGAGCGCAAAAUAAAAAAGAUAAUAAAAAUAAAUUAGGGAAACAAAUUACCGACUAAAAAAUAGCUGACACAAAAUUUUCAAAAAUAUAUAGAACAUAACAAGUAAAUAUAAUACAGGCUACCGGAAAUGUAAAAUAAAAAUAGUAAGAAACAUAAUAAUGAUAAGUUAAUAUCAAGUAUUAUUAUUCAUAUAUUAAAUAAUAAUAAUAUUAGAGCUGGUAACACUGCAAUCAGUUAAUACGCUGUUGGCAGUACUUGUACCGUUGGGUACAGCCGGUGCCGGUGCAUCCGCGCAUGCGCUCAUCUUCCGCUGUCUUACCAACAAUCUUAUAACCUCAAACGUUGUUUGUUUAUUGUUUGACAAGUGUAGUUAUUGCUUGGGACAAAGUGAGUGAUAAUUUUGUUAAAAAAUUAACAAAAAACUAAGUGGUUCUGAAUUCAGAAAGCGCGCUGCAAAGAAGGAGAGUGAUAAACAAGAUUAUUUGCUUUUACAUUAUAGUAAUAAAGGGGGCGCCAGUAGACCAUUUGCCCAGGGCGUCAGUCACCUAAGCCCGGGGCCUGGAGAUAUUUAUUUUGAAACUAAACAUAUAAAAGAAAAGAUAAUUAGCGUUAAUUACUUGUUAAUUUCGUUAUUUAAAUAUACAUAAUUACAAUCUACAUAGUAUAUGAUUUUCGUAAAUCUUGGGUUGUUGUGACGUUAUUUGAUAUAUGAAUAAUAACCGAUAAAGGGGUUAAGAGUGAAGAAAGAGUUGUCACUUUUGUGAAAAAUGACAAUUAUGUCUAUUAUAGAAAGUUGCCUUGUAUUGUAUAUAACCGUGAAAUGACUAAUAUGGUUAUUCUCAGAGCCAUAUUUCAGUGGGUCACAGUUUUUCGAUUUCUUUUUAAAGGCACGUACAUAUCCUUUACAUUGGUGCUCCGUGCUCCAAACCACCACCGAUUGGAUCGCCGAGGGUGGGCGCCGAGAGGAAGCACCAAUGUAAUGGAUACGUGCUUUAACGUAUUAAGUUGGAAGUGACAGAGGAAAAUCCGUGAUUAUACACAUUUAUAACAUUUAUUCUACUUGUUGAUAGAUGGCGCUAUAAAUAGAAAAAAAUUAUUUACCUAUUAUCUAUACGACUUAAGUCUAUACAAUCUAUGCGACUAUACAAAUCAAAGAACGGAAGUUUCUAUAAAUACAAUCAACACUAUUGAUUUGUUUUAUACCAAAUUGCAAAUAAAAGGGUUAUAAUGCAAUAGUCUUUUCAUAUUUGGCUGAUUAUGAUCCUGACAACUGUCAGACUUUACUAGAAUGUCAUGCAAUGAUUCCCGACAUUCUUAAAAUCAUAUUUGACGUCAAAAUUGAUGACGUACUGAAAGAACGCUCUGAGAAGAACGUCAUAAUUAAUGUAUUGUAAGAGUAAUGGCAUAUUGCAUUGUUUUGGUGUAAAGUGACCUUUAGAUUGUUAUGCAGUGAUGAAAAGACGGAAAACAUAAUACGUUGUGAAAUAAAAUGAGAUGAAACUAGUAGAGGUGGGAAAUUCAGCGAUAGAAACCUAUAAAUUGACAUUAUAUUGAUAGUUUCCCAUCUUUAGACAUAUCGGAAGAGUAUUUCAACUAAAACUGUCACUGUCACAGUGGUAGUUCCCAAAUUCACUUUUCCGAUACAUCUAAAGGUGGGAGACUAUCAAUAUAAUGUCAAUUUGUAGGUUUCUAUCGCUAAAUUUCCCAACUCUACUACUGUCAUCUCGUUUUAGUUCACAGCGUAUUACGUUUUCCGUCUUUUGCGUUAUUUUGCCGGUUAUUAGCACGCUCAUCAAUGUAUAUGUUCACUAAUUUUAAAGUAGGAGGACUGUUCUUUUUAUGAUUUGUUGAAAUAAGUCGUUAAAAUACAGAAAGAAGUCGAUUGUAAUCAUAUCUUAGAGUAAUACGUUUAAGGUAUUUACCUGAAAUACAAAAAAAUUGAGUCUAUGUUGGCAUAUCGGUACUUUCAGAUCAUCCAGCACUUAAUUUCGCAAUUUCCGAAGAAAUAUCACCGAAAUCUCGAAAACGUAAAUAUCUACUUAUUAUCAAGUAGGUGUUAUAUUAGUAUUUAAGUAAGCUUAUAAGGUUCCGUACUAAAAUGCUUUAUUUUAAGAGUUAAAAUUUACUCGCAAUCAUUGAGUUCUCCAGCGCUGAUGGUCAUUUCCAUUUUUUAUCAAAAAUAAAAUAUUGGCAAAAAAAUUCUUGUUCUACGUCGUAGAUUAUUUUACAGCUUAUUAAGUGCAACUACAUUUUUAAAAACUUAUCUGCUUGCUUAUUCCGAAGAUACAGAUGCUAUAUACGAAUGAGCUUAAAAGAUAUCAUUUUCGAAAAUAUGUAAAUAAUAAUAUAUUAUUCAACGAGCAUGUAAUGAUGGCUAUUACUCACGAUGAUGAAGUUUGCGACACGAGCCGUAGGCGAGUGUCGUAAUUCAUCAGAGUGAGUAAUAGCCAUUACAUGCAAGUAGAAUACUAUACUUUUUCUACGACCUUUUUUAUUUGGAUUAGUAGAAAAAUAUAAUUAUCAACUACUAACAUUAUUCAAAAUCGAAAGAUUUUAUUUUUCAUAAGAAAACAUAUUUUAUAUAACUAUGGCAACACUGGUAGAAUUGCCCUCUUUGAGCUUAUGAAACAGUUGGCAUUGACAUUAGUGUCAUGGAAUGGCGGUGGCUGUUAAAAAUAAGACAUAUUUUAUGGCAAUUACACGAAAAAGAACGUGUGAUCUCAAUAAAAAUCUAUUGUACAAUCAACAGUAAGUAAAACAGAAUUCAUUGAUAUAAAUUUCAUAUCCGUAAGCCCUUUUACGGAAUUAAUAGCGAUUGUUUAUAUUCACCUUUUAAUAACGUCAAUCUUAAAAUGUCAAAUGUUGAAAUUUAAACGUAAAAAAUAUAAUAAUCCAUUGUUACAGUUAAAAAUCCUUUAAACAUUUUUCGAAUUUAAUUGUUGAUGUAAUUACAAUGAUUAUUUUAUUAAAUAAACAAGUUUAAGUAAUUUUAUUCGCUAGUAGGUAUAUUAAAAGUGCCAUGCACCACUUGAAUCUAACUUCAACCCGUGAGUAAUGAAAAGUAAUGGGUGUUAUUAUCUAUUCAAAAACAGCGAAUAAUGAGCAUAUUAUUAAACGGUCGUAGAAAAAAGAUCUUAUUACACGUUGGUAUAUAUGCCAGCUACCCCCCUACCACCAAAGACGGUUUCGUUUCUAUUUAUUUAUUUUUUUCAGUGGGUUGCAAUCAAUUUAAAAAUUUCAAAAAUUCAUACGCUUAGCUAAAGCUUUUAUAAAACUUGUCUAUUUUUUUUUUAUAAAUCCAUAGGUUGAGUUUACAUAAGCUAAAAAUGAUCUUUUUCCAAAAUAAGUUUUCUUUUGAAGAGGGCUGCAAAACUAUUUUUUAUUUUGUGUAUUUUUUCAAAAAAUAUAUUUCGGAUUUUUUCCAAAUUUUUUCCGAAAAGUGCACCUUCAAAACCCCGUUAAAAAACAGGUUUUUUGUGGGGGAUUUUCCCUAUUUUAUAGACAUCAAAUUUGAUUAAAUCAAGGUUUUUUCUAUAUAUUAUAAUCUCAAAUAACUGAUUCCUUUCUGAGAUUUAAAAAAAAUGUGUGUGUACUUUGUACGCACGUAAGAAGUUAUACUUCUAUUAUAUGAUUUCAACGAAAUAAAUAUACUUUCAACAGGUUAUUUGUAUUUUAUUUAAAGAUUAAAUUAAUUUUUACUUACUACUUUCCAAAAAUGUUUAUUAAAACAAUACCAAAAAAUAAAAAAAAAAAGAAAACACACGUAUUUGAACCGGGGACCUCUCGAUUUCCGGUCACACGCUCUACUACUGAGCUAUAUUCCCUUUGCUUUGACAGGUUACAAAAUGUCUCAUACAUACUGACAAAUUUAAUAGUCCAAGUGAAGUAUACAAAAAUACUUUAAAUAUACUUACUAUUAUUAUACAAUAUCUUAUUCCCGAGGAAGACAAAUCCAAAGGCACAAAAAUUAUAAUAAAUAUAUUUACUAAAAACACUAAUAAUAGAUUCUUUUCACGCACAACUUAUUUGGGCUACAUAAAGGUGUAGCGACUAAUACCAUACUGUCGGUGUGCGCAUGCGUCAGGGAAUGUAAAAAUUCACCCUCGUGUCUAAAGAAGUAUAACUUCAAAAUUUUUGCGUAACACCUAAACCUCCAAAAAACCAUGUUUUUAAAGGUUUUUGCAAGUUUUUGUGGUGUUAAUAGUAUUUUUUGAGAUCGAUACAACCUGAAUCAAUGCAUCUCCAAUUCAUAUAAAAAAAGAACAAUAAUUUUAGUUCUGAAAGAGACAAAUAUAAUCAUCGUUUAUGUGAAAAAUCAGGUUUUUGGAUUAUCCGGGGGUCUUGACUGGAUUUACUCGUAGUUUUCAAGUGUUUCCGUUAUUUUUGCUGGAUUUUUCUAUAACGUUUUGCAGUUAUGCGCCAUUAAAUUGCACCUUUCAAAGAUGUUCUUCAAAAAAAUGAGAUGAUGUAUUUUUAGUAGUUGAGAAAUAUACACAACCUCAUCUUAUACGAAAAAACCGGUUUUCAGAUGAUGGAGAAGCUUUUACUGUAUUUUCCAUCUCUUACCUCUAAAAAAUAUUAAGCCGCACUUUUCAAAGAAAACCGAGUUGUCAUCAUGUUGUUCAUAAAAAUUUUGAAAACCUGAUGUUUCAUUAUGUACAAGGUUAAAAAAGUUGGCAAAUCCACAAAAAACCACAGAAUAACCCUUGAAAACCUGGUUUUCGCAUAAAAGAAAGGUUCUACUUCUUUGAGGCCUGAAACUGUUGUUGUCCAUUUUUUUUAAUGAGUUCAAGACGCAUUAGUAUGAAUUGGAAACCAACGCUUUUGUUCACAGGUUAGGUCACAAUUUUUAGGCAUUAUGAUUGUUAAUGAGAAAUGAAAAAGUGGAAAUGAUCAUACGGGGCGUGGUAUAUUGAAUUAUUUAUUUAUUUAUUAUAAUCAUUAUAAAAAUUACAUGUUUCAUUGCCUUCAAUUUGAUAUAUUAUAGUUAUUCGUCAACUUAAGACGCAAAUAUAGAUUUAUUAAAGCUUUUUAUUGUGAACUGGUGAGAAAUCGUGUUCACCAACAUGUGUGAAUAUAUGGAAAUUGUAGUGUCUCGCUUUUUUGUCGAUAUAUGCAUAUGUCAGGUGCAUAUCAAUUACUUUUUUCUUAAAAGCGGAGAAAAUUUAAAAAAAUUUAGAACAUAGAAAAUGUACAGUCGAUGUACAGCAUACCUCCAGCAAUGUUUGAUUUUCCUGUUAUCAUAUUGUAUUCGAUAAAUUCUGCCACGUGACAUCUCUCAUGCCUUUGUACGUUAAACUGUUUUACGCCAGUCAAUGGGAGCAAGAAUGAGCAAAACGGGCAUGAGGGGCCCACAUCCUCGAGCGCCGAGUCGCCGAACUGGACAUAGCCCAGAGCGGGGACUCGGCGCCCGAGCAAGCAAAACAGAUCGAAGAUAAGUCACUAGAGAUAGCGGGAAUAGAGCGCCUCACGCUGGCCUGCAUUGAUCGGGCUAGGAUUUCAUAUGGGAGUCCGUGUACCCAAGACUCCCAUAUGAUAAGCACUUUGCUGAUUGAGAGCCCCUAUAGCGCAUCAGAGUGCUAUCGGGGGGUAAGUGGAUGGUCUGGAGCAUUGAAGCGGGGUGGAGUGAUUCCUGCUUACGGGAGUUAAUCCUCCUCGCCCCAAUGAAUUGUAUCACCCGAAUGUCAUUCUCUAGGGGUGAGCAAGUCUCUCAGGCUGGGUUAAA